UAUUAUGAUAAGUGUAACUUCCUCACAGUGUGAUACUGACGCUACCAACUUAAUCUGAUGCACAUGAACAUGUUGGUAUACCGAAAAAAACGUUUGAUUGUUGACCGACAUGACCGAACAAGUUUCUGAAAUCGUUAGUAUAAGGACUUCGAUAGAACACUUCACGGACAUGACGGAAGAGAAGUCACGCCAAGAAACCGUAUGAGCAUCGAUACUUUGUAUUAAGGUAGCUGACGUCAUCAAGUGGCAAGAACUCACUGAAGAAGUGGUCAUGGUGGUGUGACAACUGCCUGAAUCCUGCAAAAUCCUGCGGCAGUGACUGUCAACUUGUUGAGGCUUGGCCAGUGACAUCCUGGAGCAGUACAGAGAAUUUCAAGCGUAAUCCAGGCCUAUCGAUUAACUUGAAGUACAUGUUCUUGGCCUCGACAUUAAAUGCACACUGAACUGAAAUGGGCAAACGAAAGGUAGCCCUGACAUUUGCAGAGACCAGCUUGGAUGGUGAUGAGGAUCUCAAGCCCACAAGGCGCUCUCGUCGAGUCGGGAAUACUCAUCCACAGCAGACAGAGCCAAACAAAGCUGACAGUGCUGACAGUGAUGAUGUACAUGAUUUCGUCACAUUGCCAAGCACAACAACAGCAGCAACAGCAUCUACAGCACCCAGUACUAGCCUCCCUGCACAGCGUGGUCAGAGAAAACAACAGCGCAUUCAAAUCGUGGAAGAACAACAGCGACAGGCAGUUCAGAGAAAUGAUGAAGUGCUGAGACAACAAGAAGAAGAUGACAUUAUGCGAGCCAUUGAGCUCAGCAAACUUGAGAUGGAGGCAGAGCAACAGUGCUCUGAGUCCCGAGAGGAAUGGGGCAGCGCGCUUCCCCCGGAUCCUCAAGAGCCUUGUAGAGAUAGCCAAUCUCCACAACCCUUGAGGAAAUCCUUUUCCAGCAGGGCUGAGGCUGCAGAUGUUCCUCCUCAGGAGGAGUUUUUGGAGAACAACACAACUGAAUCCCUAUCAUCAUCAUCAUCGGUCGUAAGCACCGACUGUGAGGAGGGAACAUCCCCUGAAAAAGUGGUGCAAACCAGAACAGACAAUUGCACGGAAUGGCAGGAUGUAAUAGGAAGUGCAAACUGGGAGGAUUCAUCUCCAUCAGCGGGGGUGGCAAAUUGUGAUAGAGGAACACAGCCUAUGGACAACAGUUCUGAAACGGGAGGCCAGAAUAGAAGCCAGGGAGGCCAGAAUGGAAGCCAUAGAGGCCAGAAUGGAAGCCAUAGAGGUGAAAACAGUCAAUAUCAAAGUGCUUCUCACACAAUCACCUCAAGUCAACCGUCACAGGAUUCUCGGAGAAAACGUCUACGGCGUCCCAAACGCCACAUGGAAGAGGAGGUGGAUUCCCCCCGGCAAGAGCAGCCAGCCAAGGUACGCAAGGUACCAACCCCUCCAGACCUGGAUGAGACUGAGGAAGAAGAAGAAGAUGAGGAGAUUGAUGUAGUGAAUGAAGGAGAAGCAAUGUCCGGUCAAGAGGAUUUGGAAGAGUACCAGCAGUUAAGCCCGAUGCAUAAACCUCGUAAGGUCUACAAGCUGGUUGAUACCAGAAAGCCCCAUUGUCUGAAGCACCCUUUUUAUGCCCCGCAUAAUGUCGGCAAGCGCUCCUACACCAGAGUCAUCUACCAACUCAUCCAAGCCUACUGCUUUCAACUCCGCCGUGCCCAGGCGAAGGUGCUGACUCGAGUUUGCUGGGGCAAUCCCAUUGUUACUGGCAACUGUUACAGUGAUACCCUGGUGCAACGAAAGCGCGGCAGCAGGGCCUGUACAUUCUAUGCACUCAGUGACAGCGACGAGGAUGGUAAGGCAUCAGAAGCUGGGACAGAAGCUGAAGCACCUUCGAAGGGCAAACUUCAGAGGCGGAAGAAGAAAUUGGCUGUUGAUGCUGAGGAUGACGCAGACUCUGAUUUUGAGGAUUUCAUCCCAGCAGGUCGCCGCAAAGCAUCGACACAAAGACGACCCAGGCAGGCUGCCAAAGAUGUAGUGGAGAUGCUGAUGCAGGAUGGGCGUUGCUUUCUGGAGGAGAGGCCUGAUGAAACGCUCUCACCAACAUUGGUGGAAGAUCAAAUAGAAACUCAGGAUUUUACUACGGCGCCUGGUGAUGGUUGCAUGAACAAAGAUUCUGAUUUGAGUCAGCCAAUUGUUAGAGAAACUCUUUCUUCGCAAGGAAUCAAUAAUCAGGAUGACAGCAAGAAGUCACCUCAUGCACAUGCGGAUAGUCAGAGUAGCCUCACAGAUAUCUUUGGAGCAUCCUCCAAUAACGAAACUGAUAGUGGAAAGAAUGCAGUCACCAGCAGCCACCAAAGUUCUAGAUCUCCUGUGACAAGCCCUCGUAUUGAUUCCAGUCACAGAACUAAUGAAAAAAGUGAAAACAGUUGUGAGGAAGAUAGCUUUGAUGAAGAGAUACUUACCUUAAGCACUCCCAAACUUCAGUCUCGUGCUGAAAGUUUUAAAACCUGCCUUCAAAAGGACAAUUCACAAACCAAAAGUGUUGAACCAACCCAAGACAGACAUUAUGAGGUAAGGCCUCUUGUUUCUUUUCAGCAAGGAGAAAAGGAUGAAGUGAGUAGCCUCAGAGAUUCAUCGCCACCUACCGUAGGUCCCUUGGAUGCUUCCCAGAACUAUUUGCUGCCUCAGCAAAGUGACAGUACCCAGAGUUUAUCAUUUGAGGAGCUCAGAUACCAGUUUUAUCUAUCAGAGCCUGCAUUAGUGAGACCAAAAAGAUUUGAGGAAAAAACUGAGGGAGGAGAGUAUGUUGUUGAUCUUGAUAAUCUGUCACAGGAGGCACGCAACCAAAAGUCUAUGGAGCAUCCUGGAGCUGACAGAUUGGAAGAACAAAGUCCACAAACAAAAGACAUUUCCACUAAUAUCAGGCUUAAUGUAGGGCAAGGACUGGAAAAUCACAACAAAAUAGCGAACGGUUUGCAGGACAGCAUGCACAAGAGACGGUCACCUCCAUCUGUGAACAAACAGUCAUCCUUGAUCAAUAACAGACGUGCCACUGACGACGAGGAAGAAAUUACAGAUUGCGAAAGUCCCACAGACCGGGACUCGCAGUACAACAGCUGUAGGGAUACCAGGCAGUCUGAACCAGACGAAGGUUGGGAUGGCUCAGGAAACGGCCCAAAAGGAGAUGAUGACAAAGAUUAUGAUGAGGAACUGAAGGACUUUGAAAAUCAGGAGGACGCAGAACGGAGCCAAGGAGAGGUAGAGGAGAACGUCCAUAGUGGAGAUGAUGCAGAUGCAACAGUGAGAGCUGAAUGGGAGGAGGAGCAGGAUGAGAUUCCAGCGAUGGAGAUGAGAGAAGCCAUGGAUGCUGCAAAUGAAGAAGUAUCUCCUCACCAAGGAGACAGACACGAAGAAGGUGACUAUGGCCUGGAGGAAGAAGAGGGUAUCAUAACAGAUGAGGACAGAGAGGAUGAUGCUGUAGGAGAAACUCACCAUUCCUCAAUGAUUGGUGUGGAGUGUCCAUUGUGCAGCGUCACAUAUCACAUCGACCAAAUUGAGGCACAUGCUUCUGGGUGCAACGGACCAACUUCACCUCAGCAAGAAGAUGAAAGACUGGGUUUGGCACAGGGCCCCAGGGAGCCAACUGUAGGUGUUACAGCAGGGAUGGCACUUGGCCAGCAACAUGUGUACAAUGAUAGAAACGCAACCGUGCCUAAUAACAAUGAAGGGUUAGCCGGACCAAGCACAGCUGGAACUCAACAUCACAGGGAUCAAACUGCAAAUGAUAAAUCGAAGUCAAGACCUAUGAGAGGGGUAGCUGCCAAGAUUGUUCGAGAAGAUGCCCCAAAGCAUAAUAGAAACCCCAUUCAAGACUCUGUGAUUAGAAAGAGGUCUGACCCUGACCACGGGCUUGAUGAAGAGAGCAGUGAGAGCUGCUCAGAAUCAGCUGACCAACUGGACGCCAGCCUACUGCAGUUGGUGGAGGACAAUAAGCUCCAGUUGCGUGAAAGGAAGAGAACAAGGGCACCAGACCGGCCAGCAAAGAGACAAAAGCUUUCCAGUGCAGACAAACGGAGUGAAGCAAGCAAAGACUCAGAAGCAACUGAAUUGUGCUUCCUUUGCCACCAACACAUCUCCAAGUCAGCCUAUGCCGAGCAUGUGCAAGAGGAAAUUGACCGUGCGGAGGCAGAGAAGCAUCUAGAAGACACAUCGGUCCUGCCACGACGAGGCCUGAGAUCGAGGACAACUGCCCCCAAUGCGGCUGGUGGGGAGUCUAGCAGGGAGGCUGACCGCAACACAGACCAGUCAGGCACCACAAGUGGCAUGAGCCAUACUGCUGGCGAUUUCUCAUCUUGGGAUGGGGAGCCGGACGGAGACUCCGAUUCGGACGACGACAGCUCACAGACAGUACAAGAGGAUGCGCUUUUCAAUCCCCGGCUGAGCGAGUCGCCCAUCAAGGCCUUCCGACCAAUCAGCAAGCAGCCUAUGAACCUCAUUGACUUCAAGAAUCAGUUCAACAGUACCGGGAAGACCGCACGGACUGGCGUAACCUCACGAUCCACUAGUGGGAAAAGGGGGAGGCGUGGCCAGGGGAAGGGUCGCAGAGGGGGAAAACGGAAACAAAGAAAGAAAAGGGGGCGAUCUUUCGAAAAGUAAUGGUCCUUCGUUGUUUCGGAAGAUUUUGUAUAUUUUAAUUUCUAAGGUUUGUAAGAAAAUCUUAUUAAUUCAUGUGAGCUCUGCAUGAUCUAACUUCAGUGUAGGAUGGACCUGCUACCACACACACAGAGGCGACGCUGCCCAGAAGUGGGAUCCUUACAAAGUGGCGUCGUAGACAGGGUUGAGUACAAUUUACCACUAGGCGAUGUCUACUCCUAGCCUCUUAUCAUUACUUUUGUUUACAAAUAAUAUUGGAUGCAUUCAGAUUGGUGAAAAAGUAACGAUAAAAUUCGGUAAUGUGGGAAAAAUAACAUAAGGGCCAGAGUCCCUGAAUUGUAGUUAGAAAUCGCGCCGCCUGGCACCAAGGAUGCCCAGUAUCCAGGCACAUGAUCAGUGUACUCUCACGGAGGUCCUCAGUUAAGGCGAAUUCAUUGUACCACCUACUAUUUAGGACAACCUACUUGGUGUAAUAUUUUUUUGUUCUGCACAAGAUAGCACAAUUCCUUCGCCAUAACUUGAAGGGGGUUGGGCUCCGUGAAAGUAGAGUGAUCACUUGCUUCAGAGAAAUGAAGACAUGCAUAGGCUUUUUGCCUUUAGAAAGGAAUUACGUUUGCAUUAAUACAGAAUGGUGUGUAGAUCGAGUACGGGCAAGGAAUGUUCACAUACAUCCUCCAAUCCCCAGGAUGUCUGUAAUGGUAUCGAUACCGAUCAUUUCCAAACUUUUUUUUACAAAGCUUGCUUUGUACUAGAAAAACAAAGUAUAGUGGUAGUAAAUGAAUGUUCUAUUGAGUAUUGGUAGUAAUGGUAUAAUCGAAUAUACUUCUGGCCAAAAAGCCCCGAGUUGUUUGGGGUUGUCAAUCUUUCUUCUUCUUUUUAAAUAAAGAUGUAGUCAAAGUGUUAUGACAAUGUUCACAAUGAUAUAAGCAUGCUUUGUUCUAUAAAAUUAAAUGCACAGAAGUGGUAAAAGGA